GAUUUACUCCUUAGCUAAAGAUAAUUAUUCAUCAAGUGACGCCAGCAGACAUAUAAAGCGACUGAUGAGAGCUUCGCUGUCUGUGACUGGGAGUGCUUUGUGGGCACAAGAAACGACAGCUUCUGCAGUCACUUUUCGUAGUGCAUACAUCAUGUCCUGGCCUGAUUACUGGGGUCAUCGGGCUCUUGUCACCGAAGCGUGAGCCUGAGGAAAUCGUUUGUGCUGUUGACUGCUCGGGCGGCUUUCUGACAACCCAAAUUGAUUUGAGCGAGGGUGAUGUCGAGCCCUACUCUCCCAAGUGUAAAAUGGAGGAGGUUGACCUUGCAGCCGAGGGCUCCUACGACCCUUCACUGUUUGGCCCUUCUCAAGCCACAGAUACAGAAAAGCCACAGAGAACACAGAAAGCGGAGUCCAAGGGAUGUCAGGCCAGCAUAGCUACAGAAAAACCACAGAAAACAGAGUCCAAGGGAUGUCAGACGACCAGAAGCACCAAGACCAAGAAAAGAAAAAAGUCUGCCUCUGACGAAGUUUUGUUUGCUGCAGGCAAGGACAGUGUUAUCACCGAACGUUUGGUGUUCUGCUGCGAGGAAUGCGGCGACACAUUCUCGGCAGCCAAGCACCUCCACCAGCACCGACAGACCUCGCAUCGGCCGAAGCCAGAGGGCAAACACCAAUGCUCUUACUGCACCUACAGCAGCAACAAUAAGAACCACGUCACGAUUCACGAGCGGAAACACACGGGCGAGUGCCCUUUCACCUGCAACCUGUGCAAGAAGGGCUUCUACCGGGCCGAGGACGCCAAGAGGCACCAGCGCUUGCACACGAAGGAGAAAUCAUACGCGUGCGAUGUGUGCGGCCAGUGCUUCAACGUUCACUCAAACAUGAAACGCCACAGGAAGCUGCACACGGGGGACGCCGAGGUGUACGCCUGCCCCGACUGCGGCAAGGCAUUUGCCCAGAAGGCGCACCUCCAGUCGCACCUGCGCACACACACCGGCGAGCGGCCCUUCCAGUGCAGCCAGUGCCACCAACGCUUCACCGAGGUCGGCAGCAUGAGGAAGCACGAACGGAUGAUGCACGCAGGCGAGUACCCACACCACUGCCCACACUGUGGCAAGGGCCUGGCGAACAACUUCAAGCUGAAGAAGCACGUCCGCGCGUGCCGAGUUUGAGCGUAGAGUGUGGUGGACGGGAAAGAGCAGACGACGCAGGCGACGAAGAAGAAAUGAAAGUGGUUGGAAAUGCAGAAAGUGUUUUAGCGAGGGGACGAAGUACGGUGGAGCAGUGUCUGGCAUUAUAAAUGCUGCAGUGCGGUGAAAAAAGAAAGACCGAGCUUGGCACAGACGUUCCGAAGGUCUUGAACUCUGGACACUACCACUCUUGUGACACCGUGCUCAUAGAAGCAAACGGCAUUGGAGGGACAGUUCUUGCGCCAACAAACAAAACAAGAGAGAUGUAAUCUUCAUAGAAAGGUUCCAAUGUGGACUAGGGAUCAGACGUAGGUAGACAUUUUUAAGGUUAGAAAAAGUGUCAUUUACAGGCCAUACGAAGUGUAGAGCACACGACGAUUUGUCUACAAGAGUAGCAGAAGAUUUGAUAGAUGGAUGAGCUUGGUUAGCUUUUUGGUACAGGCCUUUAGUUGGGUUUUGAAUUGAAAGGGGUACGAAAGGGAGAAUUCUCAUCCAGCCGAACGUAGCACAAAGCUACGUUCGGCUUUCUGAGUAACCCACAUGGGUUUCUCAGAAAGAAAGCUUCGCAUCUGAGGAGGAACUUGUGGCUCUACCAUCCGUGCUAACCAGGAGACUAGCAGAUCGCAGUGCGAGGGCGAAUCAGUUGACAACUCGACUUGCAAUCUGCUAACCUCCUGGAUAGCUCAGAUGGUGGAGUGACUGCCCCGGAACGGUGUUGGUCUCGGGUUUGAAUCCCGGACCUGGACGAAUUUUUCCUCACACUGCGAAGCUUUCUGUCUGAGAAAACCGUAUGGGCUUCCUUUGUAGGUUUGCAUUAAAUUCGGGUGGAUGCCCAUUUUUCCUUUCA